UCGAAAAAAAGGCGGAACUUGAGCGAUGAGAAUGAGGAGGACGGCUCAGUCGAGGGUUAUGGUCGGCGCCCACCAUUUACGAGAUCACACGUCAUCCAAAGGUCCGGUGGAAAAUUCCAUCUGCUUAUUGGUGUUACUGGCAGUGUAGCUGUUAUAAAACUUCACGAACUUAUACAAAAAUUAUAUGAUGCUUGUCCUGAAAACAAACUUGUAAUCAAGGUUCCAGCCACUAAAUCUGCUCUCACGCUUCUAGACACUCAAGAUUUUGAAAUUGAUGAGGUAAUAUAUGAUGAUCGAGACGAAUGGUCAAUGUGGAGAGGUCGUGGCGAUGCUGUCUUACAUAUUGAAUUGAGGAAGUGGGCGGAUGCUAUGCUGAUCGCUCCUUUAGAUGCCAACAGUCUAGCCAAAAUAGCUAUUGGACUUUGUGAUAAUUUAGUUACAUCAAUUGUUCGAGCCUGGGAUCCGAGAAAACCACUUUAUUUUGCCCCUGCAAUGAACACAAUGAUGUGGGAGAGCCCCUUAACCUUUCAGCACAGGAAUACUCUCAAAGAUCUCUUAAGAUAUAAGGAAAUUCCUCCCAUGGAAAAGGAGCUCAUGUGUGGCGAUUCUGGAAUGGGAGCAAUGGCGACCACGCAAAUGAUUGCAACAGUGGUUGCUACCAUAGUUAGAAAUAGAUUUGCUGUAUAUACACCGUGUGAUGCGGAUCCUGAAGAAUAG